AUGAAGGUUGCCGAGCUGGAGUGGGCUGACUCUUUUGGUUUUGUUGGGUUGUUCCUGCUGCGCCAUCAUCUUUUUGGUCCCCAGUAUGAUGCCCCCAAUCCAGUUUACAAGGGCGGAAAGCGGAAAGCGCCAACCCGUAUGGUUCGAUUCUCGCGACACAGCAAUCUUCCGCUCCCGUGCGUAGACAGCGGCCAGACCAGGCAGGAACGCCCCCGCUCAUCUGAUAGCGCGGAAGGAGGGUUGAUCGCGGACGGAGAUAAGACUAUGCUCUUCGACUCUAUACUGCAGCUGCUAUCUCGCGAACCCAUUCCUGCCUCACCAGGAAAGACAAUGGGUGAUCUCCACCAUGACGAUACACUUAACGAUGUACCCCACCCGGACCGAGAGUCGAUGAGUUACGACGCGCUGGAAAACGCCUGGAGCGCCCCAAAACUAUCCGAAGGCUCCCUAAAUCUAUCCGCUACCGGCCCCACCAGUAUGCUGUAA